CUCUCUCCCUCCGUACUGGCCAGCCCGGGUCUAUUUCCGGGCUCUGGGUAUUUGGUAUCGAUCAGGGCCGGGGGCGCGGGAGCAGGUGGUUGUGGCGGGGCAGCUGGGCCGCCAGCCUGCUGCGCCGGGGCCCGUCUCCCGCCGCCUUUGUCGCCAGUCCUUGCCCGGCGGCCCGCUCUGUCCUCCGGGCCCGCGCGCGCUGCCGGCCGGACUUUUGCGCGGGGUCGGGCGCUGCUGCUGUUCCUGCUGCGCGCCGGGCCGCGCUCGGUGCCGACGGCCGCCGGGAAGCGGGAGGCGAAGGGCAGCCCGGAGCCCGGGCCAACAUGGCCGAAGUCAGCAUCGACCAAUCCAAGCUGCCGGGAGUCAAAGAAGUGUGCCGAGAUUUUGCUGUCCUGGAGGACCACACCCUGGCCCACAGCCUGCAGGAACAAGAGAUUGAGCAUCAUUUGGCAUCGAAUGUUCAGCGGAACCGUUUGGUCCAGCAUGAUCUCCAGGUGGCUAAGCAGCUUCAAGAGGAAGACCUGAAAGCUCAGGCUCAGCUGCAGAAGCGCUACAAAGACCUUGAACAACAGGACUGUGAAAUUGCACAGGAGAUUCAGGAGAAGCUGGCUAUUGAGGCGGAGAGACGACGCAUUCAGGAGAAGAAGGAUGAGGACAUAGCUCGACUCUUGCAAGAAAAAGAGUUACAGGAAGAGAAAAAGCGAAAAAAACACUUUCCAGAGUCCCCUGGAGCCAAUGCUUAUGGUGAUAAUUACUAUUAUGAAGAUGGAGACCAGCCACGGUCAAGGAGGGCAAGGGAGUUGGGUUCUGGAUUCUCAAAGUCUUAUAGACUCCAAAGUGAGGAAGAGACUGUGAAGCAGAGAAAGGAGAAAUCGAAACAUCCACAGGAGAACUUGGAAGAACUAGAAGAGCAUUGUUCAUCAGAGAAACCUCUUUCGUCCUCUAGCUUGGGUAAAGUGAGGGACGAUCCCCAAAUUAACACUGAGCAGCCUGAAAGGAAACGAUCUGGUCAUGAGAGGCUCCGAAGACCUCCUCUCCCCAAGAUCAGUGGUGAGGUAUUUCUGAGCACUGAAUCGGAAGACUGGGAGGCUAACCAUAGCCAUCGAACUCGGAAUUGGGAAAAACAGUCCAGGCACCAAGACCAACUUUCUCCCAAGGCCUCACAGAAAGCGGGGCUUCACUGCAAGGAAGCUGUAUAUAGAAGCGACCAUGGGCAAGGUGAGCACAGAGAAAGGAAGCACAGGCCCAGGGCUCCUCCCUUCUCAGAGAGUGAGGAACGGCACCAACUCCAUGAUGCAGGAAUGAAGCCCAGAGUGAUGAAAGAAGCAGUCUCUACUCCAUCACGAGUGACCAACAGGGAUCAGGAAUGGUAUGAUGCUGAAAUUGCCAGAAAACUGCAAGAAGAAGAAAUUUUGGCUACCCAGGUGGACAUAAGAGCAGCUCAGGUAGCUCAGGAUGAGGAAAUCGCUAGACUUCUAAUGGCUGAAGAAAAGAAAGCUUACAAGAAAGCCAGGGAACGGGAGAAAUCAUCUUUGGACAAAAGAAAGCAUGACCCCGAGUGGAAGCCCAAGACAGCUAAAUCAGCACACUCAAAGUCAAAAGAGAGUGAUGAACCUCACCAUUCUAAGAGUGACAGGCCAGCACGGCCACUACCAGCUACCAUGACAGAGGCUGAGGAUUUGGAUUACACUCAUUUUACAAACCAGCAUAAUUCCACACGUCAUUUCUCAAAGUCAGAGUCUUCUCAUAAAGCACAGGUUUCUGCUCAUGACCUCAUUGGGGAAAGUGAGAAACGUGGUGCUGGAGACGUUCUUGUGUCUUGGGCGGCUGAGGUGCUAACGUCAUUCAGACUCCAGUGCUCAAGCCUCCCUUCGGUGCCGGUUAUACAUCUUCAUUCAUUCAUCUAUGCAAGCUUGUGUUUCAGUGGUUCGUUUUUUACACCUUGUGACCCAUUGGAUUCUUUCAAUAUCAGGUUUAACAUUGAUAUUAUGAAUCAUUUUUAAACCAAAGUAUUGUAUAAGUCCAUGUGCUUGUUUUCCUGAGUGGAUGGAGGCAAACACCAAUCUUGUCCUUUGCUCUUAAUACAGUCAUCCAUUUGUUACGUUAAUGGUCUCUGUCUCAUGUUUUCUUUACCACAUUCAAGGACUUGGGAAGAUCUGGGAAUAUUCAUUUGUUUUUUCUCCUUUACAAAGUUAACCCUAAUGUAUCUUUGUUUAAUAGCAGUAGCGUUUUAUCUUAUUCUGGUUACUGUAACCAUGUAUAACACUAUACUGCCUAGUACAUUAAAAUUCUCAACAAGUACUCCCAACUCUAAAUCUGUUAGAGAAGUGGGUUUGUUUUGUGUGUGGUGAUUGGUGGCUUGGUUGAUGUAUUUGAAAGAAAAACAGGUAAGUGGAUGUUCACACAAUAAUCCGAAUGAUUAAAGGCUCCAUGAGGCCAAAAACCAAGUCUGCACCACACAUGCACUCCAUGAAUGUUAAAAAUAGACAUUAAUAAUAA